AUGAAACUCCCUUCCCCAUUGAUCCCCAGCAAAAGCAACACAGCAAUCCCUCCAUCUUCCUCCUCCUCUGUAUUCCCCAAGUUCUUGCACAGACCUACCCCAGCCCAACUCAACGCCGCCUCACGGACCAAGAACGCUAGCCAUGUCGCCCAGAUACCCGCCCGGAUCAUCACCACCGGCGUUUGCCCCAACCAGUUCACCUUCUCUGCCGUUUUGCCUGCCUGUGCAGAGACUGCGGUGUCGGCUCACGGCGAACAGGUUCAUUGCUUGGUGAUCAGACAUGGGUUUGGACGCGACGUCUUUGUGGGGAGUGCUUUGGUCGACAUGUACGCGAAGCGCUCCCGUGCGGAUGCAGUGGAGAAGGUGUUUGACGAAAUGUCCGAGAGAAACCCUGUUACCUGUAGUUCUAUUGUUUUGGGGCUUCUGCAAAACGGGUUUUCUGAUCGGGCGGUUUUAGUGUUCAGGAGGUUCUUCGGCGAGAUUCUAUCGCGCCGCAUGAAGUGA